AUGGGGUCGCAGACGCUGCAGAUCCUCCGGCAGGGGGUGUGGGCCGCGCUCAGCGGGGGCUGGUACUACGACCCGCACCAGGCCACCUUCGUGAACGCGCUGCACCUCUACCUGUGGCUCUUUCUGCUCGGCCUGCCCUUCACCCUCUACAUGGCCCUUCCUUCUUCCAUGAUUAUAGUAGCAGUCUAUUGUCCUGUGAUAGCUGCUGUUUUCAUUGUUCUGAAGAUGGUCAACUAUCGACUCCACAGAGCACUUGAUGCUGGAGAGAUUGUAGAUAGGAACACAAAUGAUUUCACAGAUCAGCGAGCCAGAGCUGAGCAAGGCAACUGUUCAACAAGGAGAAAAGACAGCAAUGGCCCAAGUGAUCCUGGUGGGGGCAUUGAAAUGUCUGAGUUCAUUCGAGAGGCCACACCCCCAGUUGGUUGCAGUUCAAGAAAUUCUUAUGCUGGCCUUGAUCCAGGCCACCAGAUUGGAUCUGGUUCUUCUCGUCUUGGAACAGCAACAACUAUUAAAGGAGAUACAGACACCGCUAAGACUUCUGAUGAUAUCAGUUUAAGUCUGGGCCAGAGCUCUAGUCUUUGUAAGGAAGGAAGUGAAGAACAGGAUUUGGCAACUGAUCGGAAGCUCUUCCGUUUGGUCUCCAAUGAUUCAUUCAUCUCCAUUCAGCCGUCCUUAUCCUCAUGUGGACAGGACUUACCAAGAGACUUCAGUGACAAAGUGAGCCUGCCAGGUCACAGCCACCACCACCACAUCGAGCAGUCUCUGUCCAGUGCCUGUGACACAGAAGUAGCAUCUCUUGUCCCUUUACAUUCACACUCUUACAGGAAAGAUCACCGGCCGCGAGGCGUACCACGGACUUCUAGCUCUGCUGUGGCUUUUCCAGACACUUCACUGAAUGACUUCCCUCUGUAUCAGCAAAGACGUGGGUUAGAUCCUGUUAGUGAGUUAGAAUCUUCCAAGCCUCAUUCUGGAUCCAAAGAAUCCUUGGUGGAAAAUUCCUGUUUAUCUGGGGAAUUUCAGCUUGUUGGUGAGCUGAAAAACAGUAAUUCUCAGCCACCUACCAAAAGUGGGAAGAGCAAACCUUUGAAAGCAGACAAAAGCAUGGACAGCUUGCGGAGUCUGAGCACGCGCAGUAGUGGCUCAACAGAGAGCUACUGCAGUGGUACAGACCGGGACACUCACAGCACCGUCAGCAGCUACAAAAGCGAGCAGACCAGCUCCACUCACAUAGAGAGCAUCUUGUCAGAGCAUGAGGAGUCUCCCCAAGUGGGAAAGACCAGUGGUCAGAAGAAAGAGUGCUGCGCUGAGCCAGAGGACAAGAGUAGCUGUGCCAGUGACAAAAGGACUAGCAGUGAAAAAACUGCCUUGGAAGUGAGUACGAAUAGUGGGGUUCAAGAAGCCAAGCAUUCUAAUAGCUCUGAUGAUAUGCACAAUCAGAAAGGUCUCAGCACCUCUGCAUCUGAAGAAGCCAAUAAAAACCCCCAUGCAAAUGAAUUUACUUCACAGGGGGACACGCCACUUGGGAAAACUGCUGAAAACAAAGGGGAGGAGAGUGAUAAGCCAGCUGUUUCAGUGGAUUCAAAAGCUGGUGAAGAUGUUGGCGGAAAGCAAAAGGAAGGGGAUGUACGACCUAAAUCCUCUAGCUUAAUCCACCGGACAGCCUCUGCUCAUAAGUCAGGCAGGAGACGGACAGGGAAAAAACGGGCUAGCAGUUUUGAUUCAAGUCGGCAUAGGGACUAUGUGUCCUUUCGAGGUAUUUCUGCUACCAAGCCACAUAGUGCUAUAUUCUGUCACGAUGAGGACUCCAGUGACCAAAGUGACUUGAGCAGAGCGUCAAGCGUUCAGUCUGCUCACCAGUUGGGCAGUGACAGCUCUUCUAGCACCACUUCUCAUUCAUGUCAGUCUCCCGAGGGCAGAUACAGCGCCCUAAAGACCAAACACGCCCCUAAGGAGAGGGGCACCGACCCUGAGCACGCACACAAAGCCCGUCUGGGCCCUGAAGGAACUGGCAAAAAGCGGACAGCACGGCGGACUUCCAGCACAAAUAGUGCCAAGACUCGGGCCCGAGUGUUGAGCCUGGACAGCGGCACAGUAGCGUGUUUGAAUGACUCCGCUAGGCUGAUGGCACCCGAAAGCAUAGAACCCUUAACCACUUCAAAAUCAGAUCUCGAGGCCAAAGAGGGAGAGGUGCUAGAUGAGCUAUCUUUAUUGGGACGGGCUUCCCAGUUAGAGACAGUCACUCGAUCUAGGAAUAGCUUGCCAAGCCAGGUUGCAUUUCCUGAAGGCGAAGAGCAAGACGCAGUCAGUGGAGCAGCACAGGCCAGCGAGGAGGCAGUGUCAUUUCGCCGUGAACGCAGCACAUUUAGGCGCCAGGCAGUACGGCGCCGGCACAAUGCAGGGAGUAACCCUACCCCUCCUACAUUGCUCAUCGGAUCACCCCUAAGCCUUCAAGAUGGUCAGCAAGACCAGCAGUCCACAGCCCAGGUCAAAGUCCAGUCCCGCCCCCCUUCCCAGGCUGCAGUGCUCAGUGCUAGUGCCUCCUUGCUGGUGAGAAAUGGGAGUGUCCACUUAGAAGCAUCACAUGACAAUGCAUCUGCUGUAGGCGGCAGCAGUUUGCACGAUGAACUUGGUAAGUUCUCUUCUACGCUUUAUGAGACUGGUGGCUGUGAUAUGUCACUUGUGAAUUUUGAACCAGCAGCAAGAAGAGCAUCCAAUAUCUGUGACACGGAUUCACAUGUAUCCAGUUCUACCUCAGUUCGAUUUUAUCCACAUGAUGUGCUCUCUCUUCCACAGAUUCGAUUGAACAGACUAUUGACCAUCGAUACAGAUUUGUUGGAGCAACAAGACAUUGACCUAAGCCCUGAUUUGGCAGCUACUUAUGGUCCAACAGAAGAAGCUGCCCAAAAAGUUAAACACUAUUAUCGCUUUUGGAUCCUGCCCCAGCUGUGGAUCGGCAUUAACUUUGACAGACUCACACUUUUGGCCCUGUUUGAUAGAAAUCGUGAGAUCCUGGAAAAUGUGUUAGCUGUCAUCUUGGCUAUUCUUGUGGCUUUUUUGGGAUCUAUUCUUCUCAUACAAGGCUUCUUCAGAGAUAUCUGGGUCUUCCAGUUCUGCCUGGUGAUAGCCAGCUGUCAAUAUUCACUACUUAAGAGUGUUCAACCAGAUUCUUCCUCUCCCAGACAUGGUCAUAAUCGUAUCAUUGCCUACAGUAGACCAGUUUAUUUCUGUUUGUGUUGUGGUCUUAUUUGGCUCUUGGAUUAUGGUAGUAGAAACCUUACUACAACCAAGUUCAAAUUAUACGGAAUAACUUUCACCAAUCCGCUGGUGCUUGUAUCAGCCAGGGAUUUAGUUAUAGUGUUUACACUCUGUUUCCCAAUAGUAUUUUUCAUCGGUCUCCUGCCUCAGGUGAAUACAUUUGUAAUGUACCUUUGUGAACAAUUGGAUAUCCAUAUCUUUGGUGGUAAUGCCACUACAAGCCUGCUUGCAGCACUUUACAGUUUCAUCUGUAGCAUUGUGGCAGUAGCCUUACUAUAUGGAUUGUGUUACGGCGCCUUAAAGGAUUCUUGGGAUGGGCAGCAUAUUCCAGUGCUUUUCUCCAUAUUUUGUGGUUUAUUAGUGGCAGUAUCCUAUCAUCUCAGCCGACAAAGCAGUGAUCCAUCUGUACUUUUCUCUUUGGUGCAAUCCAAGAUUUUUCCAAAAACAGAAGAGAAAAAUCCGGAAGACCCGUUGUCUGAAGUAAAAGAUCCACUGCCUGAAAAACUUAGAAAUUCUGUUAGCGAGCGUUUACAGUCUGACCUAGUAGUGUGCAUUGUAAUUGGUGUGCUGUAUUUUGCUAUUCAUGUAAGCACAGUGUUCACAGUAUUGCAGCCUGCGCUCAAGUAUGUGUUGUAUGCUCUUGUCGGCUUCGUGGGUUUUGUAACCCAUUACGUACUGCCUCAAGUUACGAAGCAGCUACCGUGGCACUGCUUCUCUCAUCCUCUGCUCAAGACGGUGGAGUAUAAUCAGUAUGAAGUUCGAAACGCAGCUACUGUGAUGUGGUUUGAGAAACUUCAUGUGUGGCUUCUUUUUGUGGAGAAGAAUAUCAUCUAUCCAUUGAUUGUUCUCAAUGAACUUAGUAGCAGUGCAGAGACAAUUGCUAGUCCAAAAAAACUGGAUACAGAAUUAGGUGCUUUAAUGAUAACCAUUGCUGGUCUGAAGCUGCUACGGUCCUCUUUCAGCAGCCCUACAUAUCAGUAUGUCACAGUCAUCUUUACUGUGCUCUUUUUCAAAAUUGACUAUGAAGCUUUUUCAGAGACCAUGCUGUUGGAUCUCUUCUUCAUGUCCAUACUCUUCAACAAGCUUUGGGAACUCCUUUAUAAGUUGCAGUUUGUAUACACUUACAUUGCUCCAUGGCAGAUUACAUGGGGUUCUGCUUUCCAUGCUUUCGCUCAGCCCUUUGCAGUGCCCCAUUCAGCCAUGUUGUUUGUUCAGGCUGCCGUAUCAGCCUUCUUUUCUACUCCACUGAACCCCUUUCUGGGAAGUGCAAUAUUCAUCACUUCAUAUGUUCGACCUGUGAAAUUCUGGGAGAGAGACUAUAACACAAAACGAGUGGAUCAUUCAAAUACCAGAUUGGCUUCCCAGCUUGAUAGAAAUCCAGGAUCAGAUGACAACAAUCUGAAUUCCAUCUUUUAUGAACAUUUAACCAGAUCCCUACAACACAGUCUUUGUGGUGAUUUGCACCUAGGACGGUGGGGAAACUACAGUACAGGGGACUGUUUCAUUCUUGCCUCUGACUACCUCAAUGCGUUAGUACACCUUAUAGAGAUAGGCAAUGGGCUGGUUACCUUCCAACUGCGGGGACUUGAAUUCAGAGGUACUUACUGUCAACAACGGGAAGUGGAGGCCAUUACUGAAGGUGUUGAGGAAGAUGAAGGAUUUUGCUGUUGUGAACCUGGCCAUAUUCCUCAUGUGCUUUCAUUUAAUGCUGCAUUUAGCCAGCGCUGGCUAGCUUGGGAAGUGAUAGUCACCAAGUAUAUUUUGGAGGGUUAUAGCAUCACUGACAACAGUGCUGCUUCUAUGCUUCAAGUCUUUGAUCUUCGGAAAGUACUCACCACUUACUAUGUCAAGGGUAUCAUUUAUUAUGUUACAACCUCUUCUAAACUGGAGGAGUGGCUAGCUAAUGAGACGAUGCAGGAAGGACUACGUCUGUGUGCAGAUCGAAAUUACGUUGAUGUGGACCCAACGUUUAAUCCAAACAUUGAUGAAGACUAUGACCAUCGACUUGCAGGCAUAUCCAGGGAGAGUUUCUGUGUGAUUUACCUCAACUGGAUAGAGUAUUGCUCUUCCCGAAGAGCAAAGCCACUGGAUGUGGACAAAGAUUCAUCCCUGGUGACUCUUUGUUAUGGACUCUGUGUUCUGGGACGGAGAGCUUUGGGGACUGCAUCCCACCAUAUGUCCAGUAAUUUAGAGUCAUUCCUCUAUGGAUUGCAUGCCCUAUUUAAGGGAGAUUUCCGAAUUUCUUCAAUUCGAGACGAAUGGAUCUUUGCUGACAUGGAAUUGCUGAGAAAAGUAGUAGUCCCUGGAAUUCGUAUGUCCAUUAAACUUCAUCAGGACCAUUUCACUUCUCCGGAUGAAUACGAUGACCCCACUGUGCUCUAUGAAGCCAUUGUGUCUCAUGAGAAGAACCUCGUCAUAGCCCACGAAGGGGACCCUGCGUGGCGGAGUGCAGUCCUCGCCAACUCACCCUCCCUGCUUGCUCUGCGGCACGUCAUGGAUGAUGGCACCAACGAGUACAAGAUCAUCAUGCUCAACAGACGCUACCUUAGCUUCAGGGUCAUUAAAGUGAAUAAGGAGUGUGUCCGAGGCCUUUGGGCAGGGCAACAGCAGGAGCUUGUUUUCCUACGUAACCGUAACCCAGAGAGAGGUAGCAUCCAAAAUGCCAAGCAAGCUCUGAGGAACAUGAUAAACUCAUCUUGUGAUCAACCUAUUGGCUACCCGAUCUUUGUCUCACCCCUGACAACUUCUUACUCUGACAGCCAUGAACAGCUUAAAGAAAUUCUUGGGGGACCUAUCAGCUUGGGAAAUAUCAGAAACUUCGUAGUGUCAACCUGGCACAGGUUAAGGAAAGGUUGUGGAGCUGGCUGUAACAGUGGUGGCAAUAUUGAAGAUUCUGAUGCUGGAGGUGGAGCCUUUUGCACUAGUAACAGUGCAACAACUGCCAAUGAUCCCCACAGCAGUGCAUCCCAAGUAAGCACUGGAAACCCAGGCCAGGGACCGGGAGCAGGACUCCAUCCACCUGUCACAUCUUACCCUCCAGCACUAGCCGCUAGCCACAGCUCUCACUCUGUGCAGUCCAGCCUGGUCCGGCAGUCCCCUGCCCGGGCCUCUGUAGCCAGCCAGUCGUCUUACUGCUAUAGCAGCCGGCACUCAUCUCUCCGGAUGUCCACCACGGGAUUUGUGCCUUGUCGGCGCUCUUCCACCAGCCAGAUAUCGCUUCGCAACUUACCGUCAUCCAUCCAGUCCCGCCUCUCUGUGGUGAACCAGAUGGAACCCUCCAGUCAGAGUGGCCCGGCCUGUGUGCAGCAUGGCCUGCCUUCCUCUAGCAGCUCCAGCCAAAGCAUCCCAGCCUGCAAGCAUCACACCCUCGUGGGCUUUCUUGGGACAGACGGCGGUCAGAGCAGUGCCGCUGAUACGCAGCCCGGCAACACCUUAAGUCCUGCCAAUAAUUCACAUGCCAAAAAGGGGGAGGUGAUUUACAGAGUCCAGAUUGUGGAUCCCAGUCAGAUUCUGGAUGGGAUCAACCUGUCAAAAAGGAAAGAGCUGCAGUGGCCUGAUGAGGGUAUUCGGUUAAAAGCUGGGAGAAACAGCUGGAAAGACUGGAGUCCCCAGGAGGGCAUGGAAGGCCAUGUGAUUCACCGUUGGGUGCCUUGCAGCAGAGAUCCAGGUACUAGAUCCCACAUCGACAAGACAGUACUCCUGGUUCAGAUUGAAGAUAAAUACGUGACUGUAAUCGAAACUGGGGUACUAGAACUUGGGGCUGAAGUGUGAGCCAGUGUUUUAUAACUUCAUUUUUUUUCCCUCAAAAUUCCAAGAGAUUGGAAAAAAGAGGAGAGAGCAGAGAUGCCUGCAGGUAUCCCUUUGAUCCUGUAGGAGAGACUUGAACAUAGAGUGGGCUUGGUUAAGCACCUCUCCUUCGCCCUUCACCCUGACUCCUGUCACUGUCUCCAUCCCCAAAUAAAGCUGAAAUAUUUUUUU